UCAAUGUGUGUACGUUGAUGGAGAAGAGGCCGACGAAGGUGAAGGUGGAGCAUGGCGGAAGAAAGCUCUCACCUCCAUUGGGAAAGGUGUUGGCUCAUAGGCUUGAUUUUAGUAAUUAAUCAGGAUAUCAAGCAUGUCUACAUCAGAUGUUGAUAAGUGGAUGGAAAUUGUAAAAGACUGCAAGUAUUUACCGGAGAAUGAUCUCAAGAGUCUGUGUGACAUUGUCUGUGAUCUCCUCAUGGAAGAGUCAAAUGUACAGCCGGUGCCUUGUCCUGUAACUGUCUGUGGCGACAUCCAUGGGCAAUUCUAUGACUUGGAACAACUCUUCAAGACAGGAGGCCAGGUGCCAGACACUAACUAUGUGUUCAUGGGCGACUUUGUGGACCGUGGCUACUACAGCCUGGAGACGCUCACCCGGCUGUUAACGCUCAAGGCCAAGUGGCCUGACAAGAUCACGCUGCUGCGGGGCAACCACGAGUCGCGGCAGAUCACGCAGGUCUACGGAUUCUACGACGAGUGUCAGAAGAAGUACGGUAACGCCAACGCGUGGAAGUACUGCUGCAAGGUGUUCGAUGUGCUCACCAUCGCAGCGCUCGUGGAGGACGAGGUGCUGUGCGUUCACGGAGGCCUCUCGCCGUACAUCAAGUCGCUGGACCAAAUCCGCGUGAUCGACCGGAAUCAGGAGAUCCCCCACCAAGGUGCCUUCUGUGACCUGGUGUGGUCGGACCCCGAGGACGUGGCCACCUGGUCGACCAGUCCGCGCGGCGCCGGCUGGCUGUUCGGCGCCAACGUCACACACGAGUUCAUGGAGGAGAAUAAGCUGGACCUCAUCUGCCGGGCCCACCAACUGGUGCACGAGGGCUACAAGUACGUGUUUGACGAGAAGCUGGUGACGGUGUGGUCGGCGCCCAACUACUGCUACCGCUGCGGCAACGUGGCCGCCGUGCUCUGCUUCCACGACGACGUGCACAGCCGCGAGGUGAAGAUAUUCCGCGCGGUGCCCGACGACGAGCGCCGCGUGCCGCCCAGCAUCACCACGCCCUACUUCCUGUAACUGCCGCCGCCCCCGCCCCGCCGGCACCGCGCACCGGCCUACCUCGAGCCACGCUGAUGCAGUAGCGCUGAUAUACUCACCGCCCCGGGCCGCCCCCGGGACCGCCGGCGGCGGCCGAGUGUCAGAAACGGCUGUGAGACGACGUGUUUAGGAGCAUUUUCAACGGCAUUUACUGAGCAUGACAAAACACGAUCGUGGCACGCCCCAAAACCGCCCCACCCAGGCCGUGAAAAAGACGACAGUUUGUUGCCGAAUUAUGUUUGAUGGCCAAAGUUUUGUACGUUUCUAGCCGCUGUGAUGAUAUUUUCGGUGCGGUCCGUUUGCUCGUUUGGCCGCGCGCUGAUCUGUCGUACAAUGGUUCUGUGAUAGGAGCGGCGCGGCCGGGACCGGUGUACCGCUGCCGUGGCCGAGGCGCCGCGCCGGCCCCGGUCUCCGUCCGCCGCUCACCACACCCGCCUCCCGCCUCACGUGCCGGCUCUGUUCCAAUCGGGCCGGGUGUUUUAUACACGUCCCGGUCCGACCGGUCGUUUUACUAGGUAAUGUGAUCUGUGAAAUGCUAGGAAAUACAUCGAAUCCCA